AACACACUUGACUACCAAGGAAAUGGCAGUCGCUGCAGCACCCAAACCCGAUAACUCAAAAUUCUCCUUCAACAUUUGGCCCCCCUCACAGCGGAUCCGCGACGCCGUGAUCGUCCGCCUCUCCAAAACCCUAUCAUCCUCCGACUCCAUCCUCUCCAGCCCCAACCUCUACCAACCCGUCCCCGCCGACGAGGCCUCCUCCGCCGCCCGCGUCAUCGAAGACCAGGCAUUCUCCGCCGCCGACGUUUCCUCCGUCGCCGAUGGUGACGUGGACGGAAAAAUCGAGACCCUUAGUGUGUACGCGAAGGAGAUCAGCAAGCGAGCUCUGGAAAUGCUCAAAUCUAGGGCUGCUCAGGUCACUACUGAGGAACUCUCUUCUGCUAAUUAAUCCCGAAUCUUCUUAAUCUGAUUUGAUUUUCUUCUUGGUUUUUGAUUGCAAUGCUUGUAUGCUAUGUGUUUGCGGAAUUGAUGAUCGGCCUUGUAGAUAAUUUUGCCUUGUAGAUAAUUUUGCUUUAUAAGAGAAUGCUAUACGGGUUGUUUAACUAUCGAUUUGUAUUGUAUGGUUAUUUUUAUUGUAAAUUUGAAGUUUUGUGUUUGAAAAUGAAGGGAUAGCAAGCAUUUAGUAUC